CGCUCGGUGCAGCUGCGCGUGCCCGGUGCCUCCGGAGCAUCCUCCGCUCAGACCUGCGCGUCGCUCGGCGCCCACUGCCCGGCCUUCCCCGCGGCACCCCGGCGGCCCUUGCAGCCCCCGGCUUGACCAUGACGGCGCACUCCUUCGCUCUCCCGGUCAUCAUCUUCACGACGUUCUGGGGCCUCAUCGGCAUCGCCGGGCCCUGGUUCGUCCCGAAAGGCCCCAACCGCGGAGUGAUCAUCACCAUGCUCGUGGCCACGGCUGUCUGCUGCUACCUCUUCUGGCUCAUUACUAUCCUGGCCCAGCUGAACCCCCUGUUUGGGCCGCAGCUGAAGAACGAGACCAUCUGGUACGUGCGCUUCCUGUGGGAGUGACCGCCGC